GAGACAGGUCAGUCUAUUUCUGAUUUUUAUUCUCAGACUUCUACUAUGUGGGAACAACUCUCUGCUGCAGAUCCUCCACUGGUGUGUUCUAAGGACAUUGAGCUCUUUGUCAAAUAUCGGGAUCGCCGUAGAUUUAUGCACUUCAUGAUGGGUUUACGUGAGGAUUUUGAGCCUACUAGGGCUUCUCUACUUAGCCGGUCUCCUACUCCUUCUCUUGAUGCUGCAGUAAAGGAGCUCAUUUCUAAGGAGAAUCGUCGGCCUACUUAUCACAUGACAUCAUCUGAUCAUGUAUUGGCUACACCCUCACCACAGCCUCCCAUUGUUGCAUUCACUGCUCCUCCGCGAAUAAACUCUGGGCGUCCCACCUCUCAGUCUUCCAAAGGUACUCACUGCAAGUUUUGCCGUGCCAGAGGCCAUGACAUCUCUGUUUGUCGUAAGCUACAGAAAUUUGUGCAAGAGCAGAAUAAAGCUUCUCUUCCUCAGGCAGCUGCUGUAUGUCCUUCAGAUCCAUCGGUUCCUACAGGUCCAUCUUUGGCUUCCUCACUUACUACGGCUAAUAUUGAGGCAGUUGUUCAACAGGUUUUAUCCCGCACUUCCACUGCCCUUUCUGUCACCUCAGGAUCCCCGGACGGGUCAAGUGCUUGGGACAGGCCGUAAGGUUGGUCGCAUGUUUGAGGUUCAUGACUUGAAGAUUCCUUCACAAGUUGUUUCUGCAGCUGCUACCACUGCCACCUC